AUGUCCCCCCCAGUCUACAGCGAUAUAUCCAGAAAUAUUAACGAUCUAUUAAACAAGGAUUUCUAUCAUGCUACCCCAGCAGCUUUUGAUGUGCAGACCACAACAGCCAAUGGCGUCAAGUUUUCAUUGAAGGCUAAACAGCCGGUCAAAGAUGGUCCAUUGUCUACUGACGUGGAGGCUAAGUUGAACGACAAGCAAACCGGCUUGGGUUUAACACAAGGCUGGUCCAACACAAACAAUUUGAAGACCAAAUUAGAGUUUGCCAACUUGACCCCUGGCUUAAAGAAUGAAUUGAUCACUUCUUUGACUCCAGGUGUGGCCAAGUCCGCCGUCUUGAACACCACUUUUGCACAACCUUUCUUCACAGCCAGAGGUGCUUUCGACCUGUGUUUAAAGUCUCCCACUUUUGUUGGUGACUUGACCAUGGCCCACGAAGGUGUUGUUGGUGGUGCCGAAUUUGGUUACGAUAUUAGCGCCGGCUCCAUUUCUCGUUAUGCCAUGGCUCUAAGUUACUUCGCGAAGGACUACUCCUUGGGUGCUACUUUGAACAACGAUCAAAUAACCACCGUUGACUUCUUCCAAAAUGUCAAUGCCUUCCUGCAAGUCGGUGCCAAAGCUACCAUGAACUGCAAACUACCCAACUCCAACGUGAACAUCGAAUUCGCUACCAGAUACUUGCCCGACGCGUCCUCCCAGGUCAAGGCCAAGGUAUCUGAUUCCGGUAUCGUCACCUUAGCCUACAAACAAUUGUUGAGACCAGGUGUCACUCUGGGUGUCGGUUCCUCUUUCGAUGCAUUGAAGUUAUCUGAACCAGUUCACAAGCUAGGUUGGUCUUUAUCCUUCGACGCUUGA